AUGUUUGAAUUGGGGGAAUCAACAUUCAGAGCUCAAAAGUAUGGAUCUCGGCGGGCUUUCAAGAGCAGCAAAAUGAGUUUGUGCUUCAUCAUUUUUCUAGUUCUUCCUCUGCGGGCCUUGUCCAUUUGCGAAUCGCCAAUUAAUUCGUCACGGGGAAACUUAAAAAGUGUCGUAGCAAACUGCAUCGCGGACUGUCUCGGCUUAAGAAGCGGAAAUAUUUGCAACGUCAAUUACAAAACUGUCGUCAACCAGGUUUGCAAUGUCAACAGGUCGUUUGAACCAACCUUCCAAGUGUCGGAACAGAAAAUUAUGUUUUGCAAUGCUGCAAACGAGAAUAUUAACACGGCCUCAAAAUUAAACCUGUGCACUCACGCAGCUUUCGGACCCUGGUUCACGUUCAAUUCUGUGAAAACUGAUUUUGAACCAAUGCAAGACGUCAUAGGUCGUCAAAUUAAAUGGAAAGAAAUCGCGCAGCAACGUGGUGUGAAGACGGUUCUCACUUUUGGCAGCAGGACUCCCGAAGGAGGAUUGAAUGCUGCUAACUGGUCCAUUCUGGCGGCGAGUCCGGAUUCUAGGACGAGAUUAACUGGGCAGUUAAUCAAAUUGAUGGACGAAAACCAGUUUGACGGAAUUAAAGUGCAUUGGCAUUACAGUGGGUGCCCAAAUAACAACUGUGUCGCGGGAAACAAAAAUGACAAAGAAAAUUUGGUUCUGUUGAUGAAAGCACUUUACGCUGCCGUAAAGGAACGAGGAAAGCUGCUGUUUUUGCUGUUACCAAAUUGGGAAGUGUACCUGAGCAAAGGAUACGAUCUUGUAAAAUUAUGGAGCCAAGUCGACUACUUUUUCCUCGAGACCUUUCAUUACAAUAAUGAAGACGGAACUUGUUAUUUGGAUUACAUAGCACCCUUAAACAGAAUCAAAUAUAACUUGGCUUAUGUAAGGCAGUACUUAGCAGAUCCGACGAGAAUGAAAAAGGUUCUCGUUGGCUUCACUUCCAACACAGUUUUGUACAAGUUGUCCAAGCCAAACCUCAAGCCUAAAUUGAAAGACAGCGUUGUGGAUUUUUCCAGCCAGAAAUAUAAAACAAUGUGCAAAUACGUUCGUGAGGAAAAUUUUACCUUGUUGCUGGACGACACGAACGGAAACUUUGCGCACAACACGACGCACGUCUACGCCUACGAAGACUACAAUUCUCUGAAAUUGAAGGUUGAAUUUGUCAAAUCGACCGGAAUGGCUGGAAUGUACUUUGACGGAAUUGUUGAAGAUGACGUUUCAAACGAAUGUAAAUGCGGGCCGAUGCCGAUUUUGAGAAUUGCCUCGGAGCUUUUGCACGGCGGAGGCUGUGACGUGAAACAGUGUUUGAGUUGA